AACCAUUUAAUCUUUAAUUUUAACCUUUUUAAUACUAAGAAUUUUACUAAAGUCAAUAAAGAGGAAAAGCCAGCCCAUUAAGGGCCCAAGUUGAGGAAAGUCACACAAAUUAACAGACCUAAACCCUAAGCAGUAGCAGCAAAAUUCUUGUGCUAAACUCCCACCUUUGGUCUUCGCCGUUGUUGUUGCUUGGGUUUAGAGCACUAAAACUCUCACAACGUUGGCUAAGUUUUCUUCUAAGGUGCUAAGAAGAUGGAAGGAUCAAAGAUGAGAAAAAACCAGAGAACAAUACAAUCUUCAGAGCAUAUUCCUUUUGAUUUACUCGUGGAGAUAUUCUCAAGACUGCCAACAAAAUCUAUAGUGAGAUUUAGCUCCCUUUCAAAGCUCUGGUCGUCAAUACCAAGCACUCCAUGUUUCAUCGACUCGGUCGUGACACGGUCCUUGUCAUCACGGCAUUGUGUUAUGCUAAUCUUUAAAAAACACGACAAGCUCUACUUUUUUGCAUCUCCCCUACACACUGGUCCUAAAGUGGAGAGUUAUCAGUUUACAAUCCCCAACAACGGUAAUAUUCGACGUUACGAAUCCGUCCACGGCUUGGUUUACUUGGAAACUGGUAGAGGUAUUCAUGACAUGUUUAUUAGAAACCCUAUCACGAAAAGCUUCUUCACUUUACCUAAACUUGAUCGCAUCAACCAAGGCAAACCCCUAGCAGGCUUUUUGGGUUAUGAUCCGAUCAACGGUAGACACAAAGUAGUAUGUGUUCUGUUAGAAGAAGACAAGAUUGGGAUUCUUACAUUGGGAGCUCAAGAAUCAUGGAGAAUACUAACUAAAGGCUUCCCUAAUCAUCGCCAUGUGGCAGGUAGUUCGCGAUGCGUUGAUGGAGUUAUCUACUAUGAAGGUUAUUUUUAUCGUGCAUUCGUAAUAGUGCGUGCCAUAAUGAGUUUUGAUCUCAAAUCUGAAAAGUUCAUUAUGAUUGAACAUCCCAAGAAAUAUCAAAAAGGUGUAAUUUGGGCAUCUUUUGAGGGAAGACUAGCUUUGGUAAGUUCAACUCCCUCUGGAGUUGAAUUAUGGAUUCUUGAGGUUGGAGAGAAUCACCAUAAUUGGACAUGUAAACAUUUCCCUUCACCUCAUGCUUUCGACAAAGCAAUAUGGAAGUUGAACGGUGUUACUGAGACCGGUGAAUUUGUUUACACAUCUAUUAGAAAGUAUAAACUUAUGACUAUGGAUAGGGUUUUAUAUCAAUGGUUUCGUAUCUUGUAUGUUGAUCCGGAGAGAAACAGUAUGAGAGAAGUUAUGCAUGGAGGAAUCGCCAUUGACGAUAUUAUGCGACUUGAUGAAGUUGGAUAUGAUCUUACCAAAGAAUUGACUGUUAUACCACAUCACAUUCAGAUUUGAGUCAUCAUAAAGUCGUGGUAUUGAUGUAAUAAUGUUA